AUGGCGGCUCAGUUUUCAAGUUGCUUCAAAGAUGGCGGUGCCAUAGCCAGUCUAUGUUGUUUAUAUAGGUCGUCGUUAUGGCUAGUAAGUUACUUGCUUAUACAGUGUACGGAGCGGAAGCAGUAUAGUGUUAAAAGCGCACCGGAGCCGCGAUGCGUACGGCGCGAAGCGGCGGCUGCGCAGUGCAGGUGCGCAGUGACUCAUCCCGGCCCGGCGAGCCGGGCGGCGGGCGGCGAGAUUCGGCGCGCCAGUGCGCCGCCGACCACCACGCAGUUCGGAGCUACCGGACGGCGACAGCGCCCCAGUCAGCGGCGGCAGCCACACUACAGUAGCAGCGUCGGCGGCCGCAGCGCCCUAUACUCGGCCGAGACGGCGUCUGGCGGCGGCAUGCGGUCCCCGCCGGCGGCGCGCCCCCAGCGCCCGGGCUCACUGCCCGGACCCGACCCCGGCGCCGGCUGCUCGGCGGCCCCCGGCGCCGACGCCGACCCCGAGGUGGUCGACGCCGCCUCCAAGUUCGUGUCCGAGCUGCUGGAGCGCGCGCAGCAGGAGGCCUCGCGCCGCGCCAGGGAACGCUCUGCACAGAUGGACCAGCCGGAGCCGGAGCGAGGUACGUGCGCCAUGGCCAUCAUCGUCAUGGCGGCCAUCCACGCCGCCAUCAUCGCGUCCGCCUGCUUCUUCCGGAAGCGCUCUUGCUGACGCGCUCGCGGCCUGCAGCUCGCCAGCACGCCCACCCCCAAUCCUUCACACUCUGCUCCCGGGUGCCGUCUCUAUUCCUCCGCGUCCUCCCGCGGCCGACCGUUGCUAUAUUUUAGAGUACGUAUCUUUCCUCAUCAUCCUUCUUCAGAAACUAGCAAUGUACAAUCCCGUACCCUAUUUCGAAUAGCCCUCAAAUGCCCUCGAUUUGAGUCGCGUAGCAACAAGACCAAAACACAGUACCUUCUAUGGAGUAGUGUGCUACUUCAGUGCAUCAUAUUGGCAAGUACACACUGCACUUCUGUGUUAGUCUACCGAAACCACUUCAUAGAAAGGUAAUUAUAUACGCAACGAUAACGCGUCGGUUUGACAAAAGAUGUAAAAUAGGUAGAGAGCGCGGCUAAUUUCCAGAUUUUGCCCUCCUACGAUUUUCCAUUUAUCUCUCCACUUUAACCCAUACACGAACAUAAGCUGCACCUUAAUUUUGAGGGAUCAAAAAUGAAAAAAAUCCGACAAUAAAACGGUACACACUACGGCCACUCGUAAUCACAUAUUUCUUUUUUUUGUGUCGCAUUAGGGGAGUCUACUUCUAUAGCUGCGUGUUCAACAUAUGUGACUCCACACAGAGGAUGUUCGUUCAAUUUCUGAUACUGCUAACAAUUUUUCCUUGGUGGAAGAACUGGAACAGGGACCACUCAGCAACGUGAUGCAACUUGAAGCAGCUGCUGAGGUCUGGAAAACUGACAACGGCCGGUAGAGCCAUGUGCUGACUACACACCCAUCCAUACUGCAUCCGAUUGACGCCGUUGGCAGGGGACCACACAGCAGUCGGUUUGGCAGUGGAUGGACUGUUAGUGUCACUUGCAAAAUUCACCAGCUUUCUAAUCCCAGUCUUUGAUUUUAUCGCUGCUAAAUUCACUGCCGGUAUUUCCUCCAUCAUUGUAAACAUUUUCGCCACUGUCCUCCCAAAGUGCAUUGUGUUCGCUCCCAUCAAGGGCACUGGACACGCGCCACUUCUUGAAACUUUCCUGUCAGCUACUGUAUCAGGUGUAAUCUUCGCAUGACGAGUAACUCCAAGUUUGAAAUUUGCAUCAUAGCUUCUCCGCAUUUCGGAUUUUGUUGACGAUUUGCUUUAGACGUUAUACUCACUGGUGAAAACUAAAUUUUACUCUUCAGUUAGAGAAAAACUUCGCCUUUCCUAUCAUAUAAAAUAUCUUAACUGUGAGUACGAUAACUGUCACCAGAGAAAUGAAAUGCCAACAAUCCAAGACGACUACAGUGCUACCUCAUAUACAACAAGUAAUUUUUUCUCUAUUUCGUACUACGGAAGGAGCAUUACAGCUGAAGUUUCUGUUUUGCGUAGAUACAUCGAUAUCCAUAGGAUCGUGCAGGUAAGCCACAUCCUGUGUCCACGUGGCUGAAUUUGGGAGAAAAAGUGCUGCUUAAUUCGCGCCAGUACAGUACUUUCCUAAUUGAGGAAGAACUCUUGAGUUUAAAAGCACCAGAGUGCGAACAUUUGAAUUGAAGCCUUCUUGAUUGUGAAAAGACCUUUUUCUGAGUCUGUGUGCAUUCUAUAAGCGUAGAUCAAGAGGGAAAUAUUUAUAUAAAUGACAAACCAUUAAAUGUAGCAGCUGUUAUUUUCCUAUUCCAGUUUAAUCGACUAAUAAUGCACAGAAUUUCAACACUAAAACUGCCCCCUUUCGAUUUAAGAAAAUGAUAAUACAGCCACCUUUUAGGAAAAGUAUUUCGAAGCAGCAACUUGCUACGGCAUUAGUGUUGUUGUGGCGUCCGAAGAACAGUUUAUACUGAAAUGUGUAUGUAUGUCUGUAAUGAGAGAUAAGCGCAAACGUACGAAUGCUGCUCGGACUCGAUAGGUGCCUUUACCCAAAUCCCCACAACAAGAAGUCCUUAGGACAUGGUACUGGAGUCAACGAUGUAACAAAGUUUCCCUAUUUGUAGAAAGGCUGAUUCCACGACCAGAUUUGUGCACGUCUUUUGCAAUGUAUCAGUCAUGCAUUAAAUGAACAUACUGAAUAUGAGCUUAAAUUAUAUCAUAAUUGAAAUUAUAUGUAUCUGUUUUAUGGUACUUCUACUGGAGGUUUCUGAAUAAACUUUAUUUACUUCUUAAA